AUGGCCCUGUUUCUCACCGGGGGGGCCGUGCUUACCAUCCUCCUCUUCAGCAGGGAACCAGAACAGCACAGCUCAGAACAGCACAGCUCAGAACAGGACAGCUCAGAACAGAACAGCUCAGAACAGCACAGCUCAGAACAGCACAGCUCAGAACAGCACAGCUCAGAACAGCACAGCUCAGAACAGCACAGCUCAGAACAGAACAGCUCAGAACAGGACAGCUCAGAACAGCACAGCUCAGAACAGCACAGCUCAGAACAGCACAGCUCAGAACAGCACAGCUCAGAACAGCACAGCUCAGAACAGGACAGCUCAGAACAGCACAGCUCAGAACAGCACAGCUCAGAACAGCACAGCUCAGAACAGCACAGCACAGCUCAGAACAGCACAGCUCAGAACAGCACAGCUCAGAACAGCACAGCUCAGAACAGAACAGCUCAGAACAGGACAGCUCAGAACAGCACAGCUCAGAACCGCACAGCUCAGAACAGCACAGCUCAGAACAGCACAGCUCAGAACAGCACAGCUCAGAACAGGACAGCUCAGAACAGCACAGCUCAGAACAGCACAGCUCAGAACAGCACAGCUCAGAACAGCACAGCUCAGAACAGCACAGCUCAGAACCGCACAGCUCAGAACAGAACAGCUCAGAACAGCACAGCUCAGAACAGCACAGCUCAGAAUGGGACAUAG